AGGAUUUUCGGGGGUAAUGAUUUAAAUCCUGAGCAGCAGUUUGAAAUCACGACGGCUUCUGGAUCCUGAACCAAACGACGGGACUGAGAAAAGCCAACAAAGUAUAUGCAGAUCCAGACCAGAGGCCACUUCACGAUAACAGAAGCAACGCUCACAUCCAAUCAACUUCUCUGACCACCUUUCUAGAGAGCCCUGAUACCAACUGAUUUAUACUUGAAUAUUCUAGUCACCAAUUACUUGCUUUCACCAGAAUGAAUUUUAUUAAGUCAAUUUUUUCAAGAUCAAAAUCAAAUGUUCCUCAAGAACCAGAGCCAGUUAUGUCCAAUCCGCAUAAUAAUGCAGUCCACAUUAAACGGAUUGCUGAUGCUGUUAAAGAAAAAAGCAAACUGCUGAGUCAGACAGAGUCUCUCCAGGUUUAUAAAAUUCCCCUGAGAGAAGAACAAAUCAAUGUGGAUGGGUGCAAACAUUUCAGUUUUGGGAAAGAGUCCACCAGAAGUAAUCGCACCAUAAUGGUUCUCGGAGCAACUGGUGCUGGCAAAUCAACUCUUAUCAAUGGGAUGAUUAAUAGCAUUCUAGGUGUCAUAUGGGAGGACUCAUAUCGGUUUAAGUUAGUUGACGAGGGUCAGUUGAAGUCACAAGCUGAAAGCCAGACCUCUGAGGUCACUGUGUACAAAAUCAACCACCAGGAGGGUUUUGACAUCCCCUUUUCUCUGACUAUAGUUGACACUCCAGGCUUUGGAGAUACAAGAGGCAUAGUAAGAGACAGGAUGAUCAUAGAGCAGCUACGUCAUCUCUUCUCUGCUGAGCUUGGUGUCAGGGAAAUUGACGCUGUGUGUUUCGUAGCUCAGGCUUCUUUGGCACGACUAACACCAACACAGAGAUAUGUAUUUGAUUCAGUGCUCUCAAUCUUUGGCAAAGAUGUGGCAGAAAACAUCAGGGUUCUGGUGACAUUCGCAGACGGCCAGCGUCCACCAGUUCUAGAGGCAAUCAAUGCUUCAGGUGUCCCGUGUCCUAAAGCAAAAGACGGGCUGCCAGUUCACUUCAAAUUCAAUAAUUCAGCGUUGUUUGCGCACAACAAAUCAUCUGCAGCAGACAGCAUGGGUGGGGAUGACGAAGAUGGAGGCUUUGAUCAGAUGUUUUGGAACAUGGGGACAAAAAGCAUGAGGAGGUUUUUUCUUGCUUUGAAUUCAAUAGACACCAAAAGCUUGACAAUGACAAAGGAGGUCCUCAGAGAAAGACAGCGGCUCGAGAAUUCAGUCGAGAAUUUGCAGAAGCAUGUUAAACUUGGGUUAGCCAAGCUUGAGGAGAUAAAAGAGAUAGCUGGACAACUCAAAGAGCAUGAGGCAGAGAUCAGCAGAAAUGAGAAUUUUGAGUUCGACGUCACCAUCAAAAAGCCUUUUCAAAUUGAUAUUUCUGGCACUGGAAUUUUCCUCACCAACUGCCAGCAGUGUCAUUUUACCUGUCACGAUAAUUGUGCCUAUUCAGAUGAUGCAGAUAAGAAGAGCUGCUGUGCAAUGGGACCAGAUGGAUACUGUACUCAGUGCCCAGGCAAAUGUAUCUGGAGUGUACAUCAUAAUCAGAAGUACAAAUGGGACUACAAGGAAGUUAAAGAAAAAAGAACAGUGAAAGAGCUGCAAGAAAAGUACCAUAAAGCCACAGAGGCUAAGAUGCCUGUGCAGGCACUGAUUGAUAAACUGAGGGCUGAAUAUGAUCUUGUUCAGGCUGAGGUUGUGACACUGAUGGAGAAGUCUGCCAAGUGUCUAAACAGACUUAAAGAGAUCGCACUGAAGCCAAAUCCUCUGUCCACUCCAGAGUACAUUGACAUGCUCAUUGAGGGAGAGAAAUCUGAGGCCAAGCCAGGCUGGAACCAACGGGUUCAGUGCCUGAUAGCCAUGCGAGAAAAAGCAGUGUACAUGGCCAAAGUAGACAGAGGAGAGAACCUUCUCCAGCAACAACAUGCCAGCAAAAACAACACUGAGACUGAUACCAACGCAGACCAAGACCAGGCAGAGACUGACACCAACGCAGACCAAGACCAGGCAGAGACUGACACCAACGCAGAC